UUUGCUCUUCGUUCCUUCUGUACAAGGACACGGUUUCGUCUCUCUCUCUCUCUCACAGUCAAGCUUCUGGAAAUGGCGGAAUCGGUGGAGUUGCCGAGUCGCUUAGCAAUCCUUCCGUUCAGGAACAAGGUGCUUCUACCUGGUGCCUUCAUUAGAAUCCGCUGCACCUCACAGAGCAGUGUGAAAUUGGUGGAGCAAGAGUUAUGGCAGCGGGAAGAGAAGGGACUGAUUGGGAUUCUUCCUGUUCGAGAUGCCGCUGAAAUGGCGUCAGUUGGCUCUGUGUUGACUCAAGGAAGUGAUCCUGGAGAAAGAAGCUCAAAAAUUCAGGGUGGUACAUCAGAUGCUCACAAGCUUGAGGGGAAAAACCAGCAGGAAGUUUUUCAUUGGCACAAGAGGGGUGUGGCAGCUCGUGCAUUACAUCUGUCACGGGGAGUGGAGAAACCAAGUGGGAGGGUAACAUACACUGUUGUCCUGGAAGGUUUAUGCAGAUUCAGUGUUGAGGAGCUUAACACACGAGGAAUCUAUUGCACUGCAAAGAUAUCUCCUCUCGAGAUGACAAAAGCUGAGAUGGAGCAAGUGGAGCAAGAUCCAGAUUUUAUAACAUUGUCUCGCCAGUUCAAAUCAACUGCCAUGGAGCUCAUUUCUGUUUUUGAGCAAAAACAUAAAACCAGUGGGAGGAUAAGAGUUCUACUGGAAACGGUUCCUCUUCACAAAUUGGCUGAUAUAUUUGUUGCUAGCUUUGAGAUGAGUUUUGAAGAGCAACUGUGUAUGUUGGAUUCUGUUGAUCUGAAAGUAAGACUUUCAAAAGCAACUGAGUUAGUUGACAGGCAUUUACAGUCAAUACGCGUAGCUGAGAAGAUCACACAAAAGGUUGAGGGACAACUGUCAAAAUCACAGAAAGAGUUUCUUUUGCGACAGCAGAUGAGGGCUAUAAAAGAAGAGCUUGGAGACAAUGACGAUGAUGAAGAUGAUCUGGCUGCUUUGGAAAGAAAGAUGCAGGGUGCAGGGAUGCCUUCAAAUAUCUGGAAGCAUGCACAACGAGAGUUGAGGAGGCUAAAGAAAAUGCAGCCCCAGCAACCUGGAUAUAAUAGUUCACGGGUUUACUUGGAGCUUCUUGCUGAUCUACCAUGGCAGAAGGCUAGUGAAGAACAGGAAUUGGACCUAAAAGCUGCAAAAGACCGUCUUGAUAGUGAUCAUUAUGGUCUGGUCAAGGUCAAACAACGAAUUGUAGAGUACCUAGCUGUUCGCAAGCUUAAGCCUGAUGCAAGAGGUCCAGUUCUGUGCUUUGUUGGCCCACCAGGUGUUGGGAAAACUUCAUUGGCAUCAUCUAUUGCUGCUGCUCUGGGGAGAAAAUUUGUGCGCAUCUCCCUUGGUGGUGUUAAGGAUGAGGCUGACAUAAGAGGUCAUAGGAGGACAUACAUUGGAAGCAUGCCAGGACGUCUUAUUGAUGGGUUAAAGAGAGUAGGUGUUUGCAAUCCAGUGAUGCUUCUGGAUGAGAUUGACAAAACAGGUUCAGAUAUCCGUGGUGAUCCAGCAUCAGCAUUGUUGGAGGUUCUUGACCCUGAACAGAACAAAACUUUCAAUGAUCACUAUUUAAAUGUUCCAUUUGACCUUUCAAAGGUGGUUUUUGUGGCAACUGCAAAUCGGGCACAGCCAAUUCCUCCUCCACUCUUAGACAGGAUGGAAGUCAUUGAGCUCCCUGGAUAUACACCUGAUGAAAAGCUUAGAAUUGCCAUGCAACAUUUGAUUCCACGGGUUUUAGAUCAGCAUGGGUUGACUCCUGAGUUCCUUCAAAUUCCAGAGGACAUGGUGAAACUUAUUAUUCAGGGGUACACUAGGGAAGCUGGUGUCCGUAAUCUUGAGAGGAACUUUGCUGCCUUGGCUCGUGCUGCGGCAGUAAGAGUCGCAGAGCAAGAACAAACUGUCCCACUGAACAAAGGUAUUGACAAGUUGACUUCACCUCUGCUGGAAAACAGACUUGCUGAGGGAGCUGAAAUGGAAAUGGAAGUUAUUCCAAUGGGUGUAAAUAAUCAUGAGAUAUCAAACACGUUCAGGAUUGCCUCACCCUUGGUUGUAGAUGAGGCUUUGCUGGAGAAGAUAUUGGGGCCUCCAAGAUUUGAUGAUCGAGAAGCUGCAGAACGAGUUGCAACUCCUGGGGUAUCCGUGGGGCUUGUGUGGACCACAUUUGGAGGAGAGGUCCAAUUUGUGGAGGCUACAGCAAUGGUUGGAAAGGGUGAAUUACACCUCACUGGACAACUGGGUGAUGUUAUUAAAGAAUCAGCACAAAUUGCACUAACAUGGGUCAGAGCAAGGACAGCAGAUUUUAAGUUGGCAGCUGCUGAGGACCUCAAUCUACUGGAGGGCCGUGACAUUCAUAUACAUUUUCCUGCUGGGGCUGUACCAAAGGAUGGGCCUUCAGCAGGUGUGACUCUUGUAACAGCUUUGGUUUCACUGUUCAGUCAGAAAAGUGCAAGAGCAGACACAGCAAUGACUGGAGAGAUGACUUUGAGGGGUCUUGUUCUCCCUGUUGGUGGUGUCAAGGAUAAGAUAUUGGCAGCACACCGCUAUGGUAUCAAGAGAGUUAUUUUGCCACAGAGAAACUUGAAGGACUUGGUUGAAGUACCAGCAGCUGUGCUCUCCAGUCUGGAGAUUAUACCAGUGAAGCGUGUGGAAGAUGUGCUGGAGCAGGCUUUUGAAGGAGGUUGCCCAUGGAGACGACAGUCAAAAUUAUGACAGUCGUUCAAAGACAAGUUUAUCUAACUAAUGUUUGGUGAUUAAGUUGAUUAACUGGGCACCACGUCUAUCGGGGUACACGGUCUUGACAUUUUAUUAACUGCUUGUGACGAUGGGCAAUGAAGAAAUCGUUAUAAACUCAACUGUCAAAGGACCGACAAAGGAGCUUUAGCUGUUUACCGGACAAGCCUCUAGUUCAUCCCAAUUUCUAAUUUAUUCUCCCCAUUUUUCCUUUUUUGUAUGAUUGUUUGUAUAAUUUAUAGACUAAAUUUGUAAUCUACCCUGUAUAAUUGUUGUUUAAUUACAUUAUUGUUUGUCAUUCAUUUAAUGAGAUCCUUACUGAAAA